AUGGGCGCAUUCCUCUCUGUUCCGUUGCUAUCCUUCUUCCUCGUUCCCACCAUCUCCUCCUACACCACCACCUUCAAUCUCCUCUUCUUCUACAUGACUUGGAGCACACUAGUGUGGUCGCAUACACCCCUCCGAGUGGAAAUAUUUGGCACGGCCGCGUUUCGAUUAGUAUUUUACGUGCUACCGUCCGUCAUAUUCUUCCUCUUUGACGUCCUAACACCGUCUGCCGCUGUCGUCGUCAAGGAACACGGCGAGGCAGGGCUUCCUGGCGGCAGGAAGCGGUUCAAGCUUCGGCCGAAGGAAUUUAAGAUUGCAGGAUGGGCGCUUGCAAAUCUUUUCUUGGGCCUCUUUACGCAAGCGGCGAUUGAAUGGUUCUUCACGCGAAUUCUGCGUGUACGCAGCGCGAUAAAGGUGUCUGUGAGCCUACCUACGCCGUGGACGAUAAUGCAGGACAUACUCUUGGCCUUUUUGCUUCGAGAAGGUUUGACAUACGCCUCGCACCGAUACGUCCUCCAUCACCCGAGGUCAUAUCUCACAAAGCUCCAUCGGGAAUGGUAUCACGACCUCAGCCUACCCUUCCCUCUCACCGCACACUACGACCACCCACUCGUCUACCUAGCGCACAGAUUCGUCCCCACCUACCUUCCAACCAUGCUUCUCCGCUUCCACAUGCUCACCUUCCUCCUCUACAUUGCCGCCAUCUCUAUCGAAGAGACCUUCGCAUACUCUGGAUACACCUUCAUGCCGACAAGCUUCUUCCUAGGCGGUAUUGCUCGCCGCAACGAAACGCAUCUGAUUUACUCGGGCGAGGGUAAUUUCGGCCCAUGGGGUAUUCUGGACUGGAUCUUGGGAACUAGUAUGGGUGAGACUGAUUUCGAGGAUGAUGUGCGGAAUGAGGCUCGGGAUCAUCAGCUUGGGCAGCGGGUGAGACACGCGAUGGAUGCGAAUAAUCGUAAGGUGCAUGUUGAUACUCUGCGGCGGAAUGGUCGGAACGGAAGAGGUAAAUGA